GGCUUUUGUAUAUUUAAUAGAUAUUGUAAACAAUUGUCAAUUGCCAUCAAACACGGUUUGUUGUGCAAGGAAAAUGCAUGUGAAGCUGCACUAGUCAAUAAAUUAUACUCUCAACUUGUCUGAUUUCGAGCUUUUUCUUCUUCUUUUUUGUUAUUGGUUUCUUCAACGAGAUUAAUACCCAGAUUUCCAUGUUCUUAGCCUUACAGUUUACGGAUUUCCAGCUCUAAAGCCACUUACCAUGCGCUAUUUUCAACCUUUUUCACAUUACACUUUCCUAAAGCUACCAAAACUGACGAAAUUCAUUCCAUUGGUAGAUCCCCAAAUUAAUCAGUUAUCCAACUGAUUUUAGUUUCUUCUCUAAAUCUAGGUUUUUUGAUUUGGGGGAGAAGCAUGGCGAAAUCAUGCUUUCCCAAAUGUAGGUUAGGCAGAAUAAUGGGAUGGAUUCAGAUUGUGUUGGGAGGUCUGGUCAUAAUCGUCAGCAUCUCCACUCUCUCCAGAUUCUACACCGCCGGUUUCUUCCUGCAAAACGACGACAUCUGCCGCCAUUUCCACGCCUCCUCCCCCGCCUACGACGCCGUCGACAUGGCCGCGCUGGCCGCCAGAGUCACCCAAGUUCUCGACAAAUUGGAAAACCUGCAGGAGAAGCUCGAAUCCACGGUGCAAAACAUGGACAAAAUCGGCGCCGAUCAACUGCAAAACACCAACAUCUCAAAACUCGACCACAAGAGAUUUCUGGAGGAGGAGGUGAUCCGGCCGCUCUACCGCGCCCACAUCGCCCUGCGGCAGAUCCGGCUGCCGCGGGUCGAGAACUCCACGCUCAAGGAGGAUCCAUUGAUCAACGCCUUCGUGGUCGAGGAGAUGCGGAAGUACAUCACCCCCAAGCCGAACCGGGUCGGGAAGGUGAACAUCUACGGCACCGAGAGCGUGCACAACACGAUCGGCCACGCGUGCGCGCUUCUCAAGGAGGAGGUGGAGGAGUACAUGGACUACGACGUCGGGUCCUACUGCAAGGACGACUGGCCCCACGGCCAGAAGCUCAUGCUCCGUGGCUGUGACCCACUGCCACGGAGGAGGUGCUUAAGUAGAGCCUCAAAGCUCUACUUAAGGCCCCACCCCAUCAACGUGUCCCUUUGGCGCAUGCCAGAGGGGCGCAAUGUGAGGUGGAGCAACUACCAAUGCCGGAACUUCGAGUGCCUCUCUAGUAAGAACCCUAAGAGAGGCUACUCGAAGUGCACCGGGUGCUUCGAGAUGGAAAAGGAGAAACUCAAGUGGGUGGUCAACUCGUCAUUGCCCGUGGAUUUCCUAAUCGCGGAUGUCCUCGGGCUGAAGCCCGGGGAGAUCCGGAUCGGGCUCGAUUUUGGCGUGGGGACGGGCACGUUCGCUGCGCGGAUGAGGGAGCAGAACGUGACUAUCGUCUCCACGGCAUUGAACCUAGGGGCCCCCUUCAACGAGAUGAUCGCUCUGAGGGGGUUGAUCCCUUUGUACGUGACGUUGAAUCAACGGUUGCCGUUUUUCGAUAACACGAUGGAUAUAAUUCACUCGACCGGGUUCAUGGACGGGUGGAUCGACCUGCAGUUGCUCGAUUUCAUAUUGUUCGAUUGGGACCGGAUUCUGAGGCCGGGUGGGUUGUUGUGGAUCGACCGGUUUUUUUGUGAGAGGAAGGAUUUGGAUGAUUACAUGUAUAUGUUCUUGCAGUUUAGGUAUAGAAAACAUAGGUGGGUUAUUGCUCCCAAGUCUAAGGAUCAAGUGUUUCUCUCUGCAUUGCUUGAGAAACCUCCUAGAUCCUUGUAAUCAUCGUCAUUUUAUUUCCUUUCUCAUCAAUUUGUAUUUUGAGGAAAAUGUUUGAUUCACUUGUCAAACUAAUAAUGAACGAGUGUGAAUAAGAAUACCAAUAAUUGAAUAUUGA